GAGCUAGGGAGUUGUGUGCGUCCAAAGCCUACACCUUUCAUCUCUUGUACAGUGGUUUCUGGGAGAGAAAACUGCCCCCAGGAGGCAGGAAUAGAUAGAAUCUUGACCUCUUAUCCCCAAAUUCAGGGCCCUCCCUUCAAGUAAGCCAGUCCCACAGCUCCCUGAUCUCCACCCACUCUUCCAGUGGCCUGCCUCCCCCCCCCCCAAGCCAGUCCAAAUAAGCCUCACCCACAUUCCCUGGCCACUCUCCAGCCUGGAGGAGCUGGGGCACCCUUGACUUCAGGGACUGUGAGGGCUGAGCAGAGGCUGCCGAGAGCAGCCACCGAGUGAAGGGAGGGGGGGACCCUCUGGCUUCCAGAUGUUAGGCCUUCUGGAGAACACAACCCUUGUGAGCUGGGUCCUGGGCACUGGGCUGGCUUUCCUGAUGUUGCUGCUGCUGCUGGCCUUCUGUCUUUUCCACAGAUCACAGGAGCAUGAUGUGGAGAGAAACCGAGUCCAGCAAGCGCAGCCUCGAUUCUUCCGUGGCCGGCGCCUGGGCUUCCUGGGAGUUGUUCAUCAUCACCAUCACCGUGGCCACGUGUCUGGGGUGACCGGUGCGGGCUUUCAUCACCACCGCCAGUCCUACCGCCAGCCCCGCCAUUCUCCUCACCGGCUCCACCACCACCACCAUCACCAUGCACACGGAACCCGCCGCUGAGGCCAACGGAGAGCAUCCACCUGGCCCUGCCCUCCAUCCGACACCAGAAUGAGUGGACCCUGAUGUUUCUGUAGGAAAGGAUGGCCUUUGGGAUGAAUAGGGGUGCUGGGACCUGGGUAUAUGAGCCCUUCUGCCUAUGUGUAGCAGAGACCUGAGCUCCACCUGGGUGGCCCUCUACACAGCGUAGGGCUUGGGCUUGGAGCAGGGCUGGCUGAGCAUCCUACCUUGUGACUGCAAUUCCUGGCGACCCUGGAAGUGACAAGGCAGAACCAGGGCCCGGGUGGAUAUGAUGGGGGAGGCCCUGUGACGUUCUUCCAGGCACAGAACGCUGAAUGGGGAAGCCUGGUUCCAUUCAUUGCUGCUCGUCUGUAAGAAAUAAAACCACC